AAAACUUCAGUUUGUCUUUGCGCUUCCCAGGAGAAACCCGAGUCAUUAUCCGUGUCAAGCUAACAGCAGAGAAGAAGAAGUUGCGGCGGAAGACGCUUUUUUUUGUCUUCGAAAUAAAAGCUUGAUUGCGAGUCAAACUUUCCAUAGCAAUAUGGAUGUCUCAAAGCGAGUUUUACUUUGAAAAGCAACACCGGAAAUUGGAAUUCUAACUCAAGGUAGUUUAACAGUUUCCUCGACUUAACGCGUUUCAGGCGGAGUUCAGUUCUUAAAACAUUUGGCCAAUUUAUUCACCUCUUCACUUCUUCGUUCACAUAUUUGAACAGAGCAACCUCUUCCCUGGUCUACCCUUGAGGAAUAACAACUCAUGGAAUAUCAAAACGUUGUGGCACGUUUACAUAUUUCACACUUUUCUGGGCUUAUUAACUAGUCUUUUCACCCUCCAGUGGAAGCGCUCCCAGGACAGGAGACUUUUCUGGUUUCUAACUUUACUUUUCUUAUCUUGUUCCCGUUGGAUUUCUGUGGGGGCACAUGCGAUGUCACGGACUAUUAAAGAAGAGAGAAAUGUACGUCUUUAGCUAUGUGGUUUACAUACGAAGGUGUCUGUUGAAUUUAAUAUUUUAAAACCAGUUGAGCAACUGGCAACUGAACUCUAUAAUCAAUGUGGUGUCAGCUGGAAGGACGCGGGGUCCGGAUCUCACCUAAACGCUGAUACGUCUUGGGAGUGAUGCACUGGCUUCCCCUGGUUGCCAUGGUGAUUGCCUCGGCCCUGCCCUUUCCUCAUAACCCCAUGUCCAGGAUUGCCGCCGCGACGACAGACCAACGUCAUGACCAGGCUGCUCGCCUCGCAACUCCCCCUGUGGACUACAACCCCGAUGAAAAUGUCUCACAAACGGACUACAACAUGGCUGCUGCUCUGAGCCAACAUACCAACAGACAAAACCUCCAAAACCGUAGGGACUAUGUGAAGUCCUCCUCAGAUAAAAAGACUUCCACGUUCAAAGUGGAGAAUCAAGAAACCUACCAACCAAAUAGCGACUCAGGCAGUGUGGAUGUUCCCAAAGAAGGAGGAACACUCAGGGCCGAGGAUAACUCUCUACCAAAGGACUACAAAGCUGUCAGCAGCAGCAGGCGGGAUUCCUCCAGUUUUGUGGACUUUUCCAAGAAGGACAAUCUUCAAGACUCUACAGAAAGGUUGUUGCUGGUUACUACGGCAGAAACCCAUAAUGCUGUCAGUCCUGCUGCUAAUCUACAGGGUCAAAGAGGACCAGAACCAACUGUUCCCUCGGAGAAGCUGAGAGAUACACUCGGGACAGGAGGCUUGAACCUGGAAGCAGGGCCGGGGCCCGGGAUGGACAAUAUCUUAGAUGGAGACGGGAUGUUUCUGGACGCACACCCACGAGUCCUGUUCUCCCCCUCCACGUCGCCUCCAGAACACCCACCUCUCCUGCUCAUGUUGGAGACCGGCCUGCUGCAGGGGGACAGGGCCGGAGAGGAGCAGGAGGACGUAGACGGACGCAUGGAGGGUCACGGGGACCGGGCGAUUGACAGGAGCACCACUCUGAGUUGGGCAGAUUCUUCCAGAGUUACUGAGGCCGCCCGUCCUGUUAAAAGGGAUAAACGCUCACACUUAAUGGACAAAAGGCGAGGAGAAAAAUCAGUGUGCGAGUCGGAGAGCGGUUGGGUUACUGACAAGAAAACCGCCAUCGACUCCCAUGGUCAUUUAGUCACCAUCCUGCAGGAGAUCCAGACCCAGACUGGACCCCUCAAGCAGUACUUCUAUGAGACUCGUUGUCGCGAACCAGAGCAGUUCAGCAAUGCCGGCAGGUCGAAGGCCGGCGUGGCACCAAAACCAGUCGGUACGGGUGUAGCCGGGGCCGCCUGCAUGGGCGUGGAUAAAAGACAGUGGGUGAGUGAGUGCAAAGUCAAACAGUCGUUCGUCAGAGCGCUGACCAAAGAUGCUAACAACAGAACUGGAUGGAGGUGGAUCCGCAUCGACUCGUCUUGCGUCUGUGUGCUGCUGGCCAGAGUGGAAAAGGCGGGAAGAGGCUGAGAGUCGGGGGGGGUUUGGGUUCAGUUCCCUAAAACAUGAUGGAUUUCUAUCUCUCUUCCAUCCUUCCCUCCACCACAACUUCACAAGACUUUUGAAAAAAACAAGAAGACCUCAUUACUAGAACUUAGGGAAAAUUGUCAUAUAUAUAGAGAAUUUACUUUAAAAAGUACUGUUUUUGUACGAUUUUUAUCUUUCAUAAUCUAAGUUAUUUUUGAUUAGUAUGUAAGCAUGUGUAUGUCUUUGAUAUUAAUAUAUUCCUUUAUAUUUGUGUACACUAUGACACCAGUAUACCUUUAUAUAUGAAGCUAUGUAUAUCUGUGUGUAUUUAUAGAGAAACUUCUUGGAGUGGUAGGUCUCUCCAGUGUCUGAUGAUAAUUCCAGCCUCUGGGCCGCUCGGGUAGAGAAAGCAGGGAGCGCCACCUACUGAGGCUCCACUUUACUGCUCCCAUAUGGAUUACCAUGAUUGCGAUACAGAAACUACAUCCUGGGCAAACCUAAACGUGGUUUUAUUCAAUGUUUUAUGGCAGGAAACAUCUCGGUGUUGAACUUUUUCACUCUGGUUCAUGAAUGUAAAACCAUGUGGUUUGUGAAUUAUCUGACACCCAGACAAGCUAAUUUUAACAUCUGCUGGUUUGUUCAGCUUGUCUGCCAAAUGUGGUAAUAAAGGAUCUUUGUACUCAGCC